AUGGCACUGCUUCCAUGCAGCAGCCCAGGGCGCCGAAUUUCAAGAGUUUCCCACCAGGAGACAGGAUGUUGCAGGCUUGGGUGCCGGCGAUUCCGAGCUCAUUGCCCAGUUUCUAGCCGAGGAGGAGAGGCUGAUAAGAUCUUCGCCCUCCUCACGGGCGGUGAGAUCGAGUUCCAGCAGUGGUACCACAUGCCCGACAAGAAGAAGCCCCACGACCCGCUGCUCCGACUGCAGCGUACCAAGGUGGCCAUGGCGGACCCGGAGGAGUCAGGGUUGCCCUGGUACCGGUUCCCUGUGAACGACCAGCAGCGCUACGGGGUUUUGCCCAUGUCCCCAACAGUGCGAGCCCUGUGCGACCGGGUGAAUUCACGAUUGGGCAUCCGCUUUAACCACGUCGUGGUCUUGUACUACGCGGACGGAAACGAUUGCAUUGGGUACCACAAGGACAAAACCUUGGACCUCGAUGAGGGCUCCCCAAUCGUGAGCCUCUCCUUGGGCCGGCCUGGGCGUCCCUAUGUUUUGCGGGAUGACAUCUUCGCCCCCAAGCAGGAGAUGGAGAUCUUCCUGCCGCAUGGCGGUCUCUUUGCGCUGGGCCCAAAGAGCAACGCCCGCUUCUACCACUCGAUCCGGCAAGCGCCACUGGAGAGCACCCAGCCCCGGGUUUCCAUCACCUUCCGGAAGGUCGCGACCUUCAAAACUGCUGAGGGCAAAUUGGAGGGGAAAGGCGCGGACCAUCCCAGCUUGAAUUGGCCCACGGCGCUGAACGGCCAGCACCGCAGCGACGAGGAUCUGACGAAGCCGCUGCACGUGGAAGUGCCGCCGCCGGCACGCCAGGCGAAGCAGAAGGUAAGGAAGGCGCCGGAGAAUCUGUCAGCAGCUGACCUGGAGGUGCUGCGCACUUGCCUGCAAGAGGCCCAGCUGGAGCGCUUUUUCGCGCAGGGGGACCUGAAGGGCGCGGGCCACGCGGCGCGGAAUGUGCUCCAACGCCCGGACCUGGCGAAGGCGCUGGGGCGCCGCAUCGGGGAGGCCUACAAUGCCUGGCAGAAGAAGCAGAAGGCGCAGGAGCCCGCUGCACCCAAGCCAGCGGAAGAAGCAAAGGCGGCAUUGGUGCCGGAGGCAGCUGGUGGGCUGGUGGCCAGCUGCUUGGCCUUCGGCGCCAGGCUGGCGCGGUGGUGCGGGCCCCAGGGCGCCACGCCCCAGGAGAUCCUGAAGUUCUGGUUUGGGGAGGCGCCGUACAAGUUCCGCUCCGGGCUCUGGUGGCGGGGCAUUGACCCAGCGGCCCCGCUGGAGGGGCCCGGCUCCACGGACCGCCGCAUCUUGGAGCGCUACGGCCCGCUGAUUCGCAGCUGCCGGAACGGAGUGGAAUCCUCCAAGGUCAGCUCUUGGACUUCCAGCUGGGAGGGCAGGUGCGCUUUGGUCCUGCUUCUGGACCAGUUCCCCCGAAAUGCCUUCCGGGGCACUGCGGAGAUGUUCCAGUACGAUGCCUUGGCACAAUCCUGGGCGCGGCGCGCAAAGGAGAGGAGGACGUGCCUUGGCCUCACAAGCUUUUCUGCUAUGUGGCCCUGA